AGCGAUACACUUCGUCCCACGUUCACGGUGACCGGAGCCUGAGGCCCUCAGCACGCAGGCAAAGUAAGCUCUCUGCUCCCUGCGAAGAAGACGGCGGACACCAGAUUCGAACGGAGCUUCGUUUUUCAUUGUAAUCAGCACAUUAAAAACCCAUAAAUACCGUUUUUUCUAUUAUUGAUUUCAUCCCUAAAUAGUACUCCUUCUUGAACAAAAAAAAAUGUCUUUUUCUCUUAUCUCCUUAUCUUCUUCUUCAUCUUCUAUAGUUUCCAGAACUUUUCCUUCCUUUUUCUCUUCCGAAACUUCAUCUCCGCCGUCUUCUCUACUAACCCUUUUGAGGAAUCAGUCUAAUUUUAGUCAUGUUGCGUCAAUCUAUAGAAAUUUCGGUUCCAGUUCGUGUUCUUUCGUUUCUUCGGGUUGUUCUAUGUCGGCUGCCGAUUAUGUGGUUCCGAGGGCUUUUCCGUCUUCCUUUGAAUCUGAAUUUUCCUCUUCUGGUAGAAAUUCUGAUGGGGAAAGCUCGGAGGUUGGGUCAGGUGAAAAUGAUGAACAAGGGGCUGAGACUGACGAUGAAGACCAAGUGUUGAUUGUUGAUGAGGAAGAUGUGGGUUAUUCGAAUUCUGAUCUUCCUCAAAGAUGGGAUGUUUUGGGUCUUGGCCAAGCUAUGGUUGAUUUUUCUGGAAUGGUUGACAAUGAGUUUCUGGAAAGGCUUGGAUUAGAGAAGGGUACCAGAAAGGUCGUCCAUCAUGAGGAAAGGGGUAAAGUUCUGAGUGCAAUGGAUGGAUGCAGUUACAAGGCUGCUGCGGGUGGAUCACUUUCUAAUAGUCUGGUUGCCUUGGCCAGGCUUGGUGGUCAGUCAAUAGCUGGUCCUGCUCUGAAUGUAGCUUUGGCUGGUAGUAUUGGAAGUGAUCCGUUGGGUGGAUUUUACAGAUCCAAACUUCGACGAGCAAAUGUGAAUUUUUUAUCAGCACCAGUGAAGGAUGGGACGACAGGAACUGUGAUAGUCCUCACAACUUCGGAUGCUCAGCGAACAAUGCUAGCAUACCAGGGUACAUCAUCAAGGAUAAACUAUGACCCAUGCUUGGCGGAGGCAAUUACUAAAACAAAUAUAUUAGUUGUGGAAGGAUACUUGUUUGAACUUCCUGAUACAGUCCGAACAAUUUCGAAAGUCUGCGAGGAAGCCCGCAAGAAUGGAGCAUUAGUUGCCAUCACAGCAUCAGAUGUGUCCUGCAUUGAGAGACAUUAUGAUGAUUACUGGGAAAUCAUGGCAAAUUAUGCGGAUAUAGUAUUUGCGAACAGCGAAGAAGCAAAAGCUUUCUGUCAUUUUUCAUCAAAUGAAAGUCCCCUUUCUGCUACAAGGUACCUGAGCCAUUUCGUCCCUUUAGUUUCCGUCACAGAUGGGCCAAAAGGUUCUUACAUUGGUGUGAAAGGGGAAGCUAUCUAUAUUCCUCCGUCACCAUGCACGCCCGUGGAUACCUGUGGCGCAGGGGAUGCUUACGCAUCAGGUAUUUUGUAUGGAAUAUUGAGGGGUGUGUCCGAUUUGAAAAACAUGGGUUCCAUAGCGUCCAAAGUUGCAUCCGUAGUUGUAGGACAACAAGGUACUAGGCUUAGGGUACAAGACGCUAUUGGGUUGGCAGAGUCAUUUUCAGUCCACUGCAGGAACUCAACUUUUUGGUCAGACAUAGGUUCCGAUCAGAUCUCCAGCUUGUAAUACUCAGAAGGUUGGCAAAGUCUUGGUGUUCUAAGUUACCCGGUACAUGUGCUGGCGGGAAGUAGUAGAUGCCCCGUGGAAUUAGUCGAGGUGCACAUAAGCUGGCCUGCACAUCAGUUUAGUGAUUAUAGCAUUAGUUCCUUUUUCACAUUCAUAGAUGUUGAGUUGUGUACAUUGACAUUCAUUGUAAUUAUUCACGUAAUGGAUUCAGCAAAAGAUUUAAGGACAUUGAAUUUGCUUCUUUUUA